CUCCCUGAGUCCCUGACGGGCUCCCUUCGCGCGGAGGCGGGCCGUCCCCUGGGAGGUGCUGCUGGCGGGUGACCGGCGGCGCGAGGCUGCGUCGUGAGCCGUGGCUCGUGGAGGAGAGGCGGGCUCUGGAGGGGAGGCUGCCGGCGGCGGAGCUGGGUGGCGCGUCGGCGCGACCUGGAGGCGGCGGCGCGAGAUCUCGGCUGUACAGGCUGCAGCGCUGUGAGGCUCUGCCAGGAAGGUGCUCCUGGCAAGCAGCGGUCGGUCGGCUUCCUCUGCGUUGGGGCGUGCGGUGGUGUCUUCCCGGUGGCGCUGGCGUCGGAGUGGAGGGCGGAGGGACGGGUCGACCUGCUCAAGUUCGGGCGGAGCCUGUGGGGUUGGGGCCGGGCGUGGAUGUCCCCUGGAGCGGGUGACGACCACUGUGGCGUGCAUGGUCCUUGCCCAGGUGACUGGUGGCUGUUGGCCGGGGUUGUUGGUGGAGGUUCAGGACACGCUCCUCGCCGCUGAUGCUAGACGUCUCCAGGCUCCUCGCCACUGAUGCUAGGUUGUUGCUGGCCGGGGUUGUUGGUUGUGGUCUCCAGGCGAAAUUCUUGAUUCACAGGAUCGACACGAUGGCGGCGUCCUCAACGCCAUCCCUCUGUUGGGAGCAUUGUAGCUGGAGACACGGUUUGGAGGUCCUUCGUCGCGCUCCUCCGGUUUUCAGCACUGUCCUUCAUCAAUCUUCCGCGGCGCAAUGUACAGCCGUCGCUAGUGAUCCCAAGACGGUGCCUUUCUCGGGUAUGACGGAGUCCUGGUGCUAGACGUCUUCCUUCCCAACCAGAUCUGAGAAAGAAGAGAUAGGACCAAGAAAAUUAGGUGCUCAUAUCCAUGUCCCGUGCGGAGAAGAAGAGCCCGAAUGGAGAACUUUGGUGUGCCGAGUAAUGUCCAGUUUGUCCAAAUUUGGCAAAGCAGCUUGUCAACACAGUGCAUAUAUUCGUAUAGAAAAGGUUAGUUUUUGGUAUGAAAUCCUGGAAGCAUUUCAUUUUCUCAGCAAUUGUUUUCUUCAGAUCUUUCAACAACAAGGUGAUUGUUCAUGGCCUUAAUUAAUCUAAACCUACAUCCCUUUUUAAAUCUAAGACGUGUUUGCAUAGUUUUGUGAGAUUUUUUUGCAUGCUUUGUUGAUUGUUUUUUUGCUCUAAAUCUUUUAUUGUCUGUAGGUCACCAUAUGCUGUAGAUAGAUAUAGCUGUGAAGAUAAUGAGAACUUAAUAGUUUUGUGUGGUGAAGCAACCAUUUUAAGGACAGAUGAUAAGAAAAAUCGGACAAGGAUUAGCGGUCCAGUGUUUGGUUACUAUGCAAUUACCUUCAGCUUGAGUAAAUGCACAUUGUUCGGUUCAAACCAUGUUCUGUGGGCAUCUUCCUUAUAUGUUGAGAAUUCAUUCGAUUCAAGGAAAAAAAGUGUAUCCUGAAAUUGUAGAUUCUACACUACAUACAUAGGAGAUUUAUACCAUGUUCACCUAACCUAUUAAUCCUUGUAAGAUGGGGAUUACAAAUUCUUCAAGAUAUUGCUGGCUGCCAGGCAGAGGAAGGCCCCGUUGUUGUUAGACUAACUGAAAACGUGCUCCUAAAAUUAUACUAGAUUGGUAUGUACUUGGUAGGAACCGGAUCCCUACCAGGGCGUGGUCUCAGGUUGUAGGGGUGGAAGGAGGGAUGGCAUGGAGGAAGGCGUGGUCCUCGGCGCUGGGGCGCCGUCGUUGCAUGCGCGCGCGCGAGAGAGAGAGAGCAGGGGCGGCGGCUAGGGUUAGGUCUCCCGGCUCCCUAAGGAAGCCGAGCAAAUAUGAUUGCUUCUUGCUUAAUCCCAAAACGGGUCCUUACACGAGUUUAUGUAAUCCUCCUAAUAAGAUAAUUGGGCUAAGCCCCUAAUAACGAUAAGAUAAACUGGGCCACAACUAACUGGGCUAAGCCCCUAAUAUGCCGGUCAUAAAAUCUCUCCCCGCCUGCACAAACAGCUCGUCCUCGAGUUGGAAGGCGGGGAAGAUCAAUGGUCGCCAAACACCUCUGCGUCAACUGGGGCGGGCUGGUCGCCGAGCCCGGCGGCGGCGGGGUCCUCCUCAAUGUAGUCUGCAGCCUCCAGGUAGAAGAGUCGUGGGUAGACAUGGCCCGGUACGUAGGGCUCGUCGCAGUUGAAGCACAACCCUUGGUGGCGACGCUCGAGUUGCUCGGCCGGGGUGAGCCGGCGGAACGGGCGUGCCGCAGCUGCGGCGAGGGGCGCCGCGAAAGCUUGGGCAGGCCAACCCUGCGCGGGAACUUCCGGCCAGGGUGGCGGCCCAGCGGCCCGGGGCGGUGGCGCCUGCUGGAUGGCCAUCGCGCGACGCUCGAACGCGCGGGCGUAGUACAUGGCCGUCUGGAGGUCCUGUCGCCCGUGCAUCUCCACGUCCACGCGGAUGUGGUCCGGUAUGCCGCCGACGAAGAGCUCAGCCCGUUGACGAGCCGAAACGCCGGGGGCGUGGCACGCCAGUGCCCGAAAGCGGCCGGCGAAGUCUUGCACCGAGGUGAGGAACGGAAGACGCCCAAGCUCCGCCAGACGGCUCCCGCGUAUAGGCGGACCGAAGCGCAAGAGGCACAAAUCGCGGAAGCGCUCCCAUGGUGGCAUGCCACCCUCGUCCUGUUCGAGGACGUAGUACCACGUCUGCGCGGCUCCCCGGAGAUGAUACGAGGCGAUCCAGGUGCGGUCGGACGCGAGCGUGCGCUGUCCCCUGAAAAAUUGGUCGCAUUGGUUGAGCCAAUUCAGGAGGUCGACGGUGCCGUCGUAGGUCGCAAACUCCAGCUUGGAGAAUCUCGGCGGCGUCUGGACGUGGACGACGGGCGGGUGCUCCUCGUCAACAUGGAGCAGCGAGGAUGAUGGGGCCGAGUAGGCGGGCAUCAGGGUGCUGCCCUGGAACAGGGGCCCAUCGACGCUGGCGAAUGGCUCGGCGGAGCCCGAGGACCCGCCAAGCUGCAUGGCCGGGUGCGUCGCCGGCGGGGGCAGCACGUGCGGCCCGACCGAGGCCGUCGUGUAGACCGGCUCAAGGGACCCAGCGAGCCAGGCCGGUAACGGAGACGGCGACGGGGGAAGCCGGACCUGGUGGAUGGGCACCCCGGGCCCGUCGUCGGGAUGCCCAGGGCUGCGGUCGCCGGUGGCGGCGGCUGCAGUUGUUGCCCCUGCUGCAUGGUGGAGGCGCCGGGGUUCGUCGCUGGUGGCGGUUGCCACGGCAGCUGUUGUAUGGCGGCGGCGACGGGGGUCGCCGAGGAUGGCGGCUGCUGCGGCGGCGGGGCGGUGGCGAAGGGCACAGGCGGCUGCGGCCCGUAGGAUCUCGCGAGGAACGUGUAGAUGCCCGUGACCGCCUGGGCGAGAUCCCGGAUGGCGGCCGUCAUCUCCGGGGUGAAGACGACGGGGACGGGCGCGGCGGAGGUGACCGGCACUGGCAAAGAGCGGGGCGCUGGCCGUGGUGGCCAUCGGGGCGGUCGUCGCGGUCGGCAGCGGGAGGGUCUGGGUGGGCGGCGGCGAGGGCUAUCUAAUACCAAAUUGGUAGGAACAGGAUCCCUACCAGGGCGUGGUCUCAGGUUGUAGGGGUGGAAGGAGGGAUGGCGUGGAGGAAGGCGUGGUCGCCGGCGCUGGGGUGCCGUCGUUGCGUGCGCGCGCGCGCGCGAGAGAGAGAGAGAGAGAGCAGGGGCGGCGGCUAGGGUUAGGUCUCCCGGCUCCCUAAGGAAGCCGAGCAAAUAUGAUUGCUUCUUGCUUAAUCCCAAAACAGGUCCUUACACGAGUUUAUAUGAUCCUCCUAAUAAGAUAAUUGGGCUAAGCCCCUAAUAACGAUAAGAUAAACUGGGCCACAACUAACUGGGCUAAGUCCCUAAUAUGCCGGUUAUAACAGUACUCUAUAUCUCUGACCGUGGAGAUUAAUGACCAUUGUUGAUUCUUCAUACUUGGGUAGGAAAUAAAAUCUGGUCAUUCACUAAUUCAUGGCAAUGAAGUUCUUCUAGCUCUGCAAAAUUUGUUUCUAAUUGAGUAGUCAGGAGUUCAUUUUUUAUUUAUUUAUAGAAUCUUUAGGAGUUUAGUUAGUGAUUUAUCCUUUCCAAAAAACUAUCUUAUUUAGUACAAUAGAAUACUUGAGCUGAAAAGGUUGAA